UUAUCAUCCAGCAAGGUGUUGCUUCAUUCCAUUAAUGCCACCACCUUACAAAAUCUUUCAACAAAACCUACAAACAAUGAAUCUCUUCCUAUCGGCAAUUCUUCCUUUAGUGAUGUAUUGUCAUGUGGGAUCGCUCUUUUGUUGUAUAGAUUGUGCAGAAGGGACUGACAUAUUACCAUUAUUGAUACAUGGUGUUGAACCAGUAGUCUCCAUCACUAAUUAUCUUAUAAAAUACACAAACAGUUCAUACUAAUUAUCUUUGAAAGUAUCAAAAAAUGCAUAAUAAAAAUGCAAAUGGAGUCAAAAAGCCUUGGCAAUAUAGACGUGGUGACAGUACAAUCAAGAUGUUAUGCCAGUAUAUGUUUGUGUGCUCAUAAAAUCCUAUAAAAUUAAAAACAUGAUGAACUGAAUUUGAUAUAACUAGAGUCAAAAAGCCCUAGCAAUCAGAGGAGGAAACCCGUCCAAUCCAUAUAAUUGAACGAAGCUGAGAGCGAAGGCGGUCGGAAUGCUGCGUGCACACCAUACUAAAGUCCUUAAAAUCGCCAAUUUUACUAAGUUCAAAUGGUCAUCGGCGCACUGGGGUUAUGUCCUUCAGACACUAACUCAAUUUCCUUUUCGAUUACAAGGUCGAUCUUUUUGGGUAACAAAAUUAACUCUAGGUAAUUAUUAAAUGUACCAAGCAGAGGAAUUGGGUUGGGUUAUAAAAUUCAAACAUACAUGGCUAGAUUCCUAUUCCAACUUAAAUAAAGUUGUUUUGCCAUCACUGUCAGUCUUUUGCACACCGACUAGUCCGAAUGAAAGUCCGAACUAAACCACCCCCCUUUUCCUUCGUUUCAACCUUUUCCUCGAAAGAGCAAUAAAGCGAUGAAAGAAAGAGCAAUAAAGCGAUGAAAGAAAGAGCGAUAAAGCGUGCAUACCUCUCCUGGAAACGCCGAGAAAGGGGAAGGGGGAGCCGGACGGGAGGAUGGGAAAGCUCGGGCUCGUUUUCUUGCCGCUGUGGAGUGCUGGCCACCUGAUACCCAUGGUGGAGACGGCCAAACGCCUUCUCCAGCACCAAACCCUUGACAAUCUCUUCUCCAUCACCGUCCUCGUCAUCAAACCCCCCAAUCCCGCGUCCAUCUCCACCAUCUCCUCCUACAUCCAGUCCGUCUCCUCCUCCGGCCUCGACAUCCGCUUCCACAACCUCCCGCCCGUCGACCCCCCCGCUGACAGCCACGGGGUGGAGGACUUCAUCUCCGUGCUCAUCCAAAGCCACAAGCCCCACGUCGAGGCCGCCGUCACCCAGUCCUCCAUCCCCGUCGCCGCUCUGGUUCUCGAUAUGUUCGGCACCACCAUGAUAGAUGUGGCCCACAAGCUCGGCAUUUCCGCAUACAUCUUCUUCACCUCCACCGCAGCCAUGCUCGCCGCCACGCUCCACCUUCCAGCUCUCCACGACAGGAUUCCGGUAGAAUUCGAGGAUUUAGCAGGCGAUGUUGACAUCCCGGGGGUGCCUCCCGUGCCGCCGCUCUGCAUGCCGAGUCCCUUCCUGAACAAGAAGAGCCCGGUCUACACCUGGUUCCUCUACCACGGGAAACGAUUUCUCGAAGCCAGGGGCAUCAUAGUGAACACCUUGAUGGAGCUAGAGCCCGGGCCACUGAAGGCGAUGAUGCAGGGCCUCUGCGCGCCGAGCCGCCCCUCGCCGGCCAUCUAUCCGGUAGGACCCGUCAUCGCUCUCGAGGACAGUAAAGACAGAGGUAAUUCGGAACGACACGAGUGCCUCAAGUGGCUGGACGGGCAGCCACCGGCAUCCGUGGUCUUCUUGUGCUUCGGGAGCAUGGGCAGCUUCGGAGCUCCGCAGGUGCGAGAGAUGGCUCUCGGGAUGGAGCGCAGCGGGCACCGGUUCUUGUGGUGCCUGCGGGCACCGUCGACGGGAAGAUUCCGGCAUCAGGUCGACGCGAAUUUGGCGGAGGUGUUGCCGGAAGGCUUCCUGGAGAGGAAUAGAGGAAGGGGACUGGUUUGGCCGUCUUGGGUGCCCCAAAAGGAGAUACUGGCUCACCAAGCAGUGGGGGGAUUUGUGAACCACUGCGGGUGGAAUUCGAUCUUGGAGAGCUUGUGGUUUGGGGUGCCGAUGCUCGGGUGGCCGCUCUUUGCCGAGCAGCAUCUGAACGCCCUCGAGAUGGCGAGAGAGAUUGGGGUGGCGAUGGAGCUCAAGGUGGAUAGAAAGGGCGGGGGAUUCGUGGGAGCGGAGGAGUUGGAGAGGGGAGUGAGGUGUUUGAUGGGGGACUCUGAGGAGGGAAGGAAAGUAAGGGCGAAGGCCGCAGAUAUGAGACUGGCGAGCAGGAAGGCUCUGGGCGAAGGGGGCUCUUCCUACGUUUAUAUGGAGAAGCUGGCGGAGGAUAUAAGAAACCGAAGGGUUUCGAACAAAUGUUGAAAUGCUGCAUUCGUUCUCUUACGAGAUGUACUGUGCUCGAUCGUAUUGAAUGUUUCCCAUGGUAGAGUUUGGUUUCUGUGGAUAAUAUUACAUUUGUUUUAGGUGGUCAUGGGAAAAGCUUGAACGACAGUGAUAGAAGCAUCGAUGGCUUCGAUGUCAUUGUAUAAAUGAGCUCCCAUUGGUAAUUAUUGCAUAUCUUUUGCUUAAAUAAAAGAUAAAUCAAUCACAACAUUUCUUGUUUAAAAAA